AUGUGCUCUAAACACAUGAAGAUAGUUAUAGUGGAUCCUAAAUCAAGCAGAAAGACGCGGAUGGGUGCUGCGCAGAGUACCAAGAAGUCAGAUGUAGGUAGCUUGUCAAGAAAGGGUUCACUGCGAAAUGGGAAUACACAAAAUAAUAAUAAUAAUGCAGGCCGUAAUGGGGACUUGUUGCACGGAAGUUCAGAGUACGAUGAUAUUGAGUAUAAUAAUGAUAGUAAGAAAAUGACGAAUAAGGAUGAUAUAGGUGUGGCUGUUCAAUUUGUGGUUCAGAAUAGCCGAGGGUUAGUGCAAGUAGAAAAGCUGCAAAGGAAGAAGAAACCUAGAAGGGAACCUAGUUUAAGCUACAGCAAUAGGACACCGAUGCCAUUGGUAAUAAAGACGGAUCCAAGAUGUAGUUUACUCGAAAAACCAUGUAGAAGAGUCAAUGAUGCUGAUAAAAGUGAACUAAGGCAUCGAAAGUUGUUGAUCAAGACUGAUCCUUUAUUUACGAAGAAGGAAGUUACCUUAAAGUGGGAGAAAGAUAUCACAAGCAGUAGGAAGGCAUUUAAUAAUAGAAUAGCUACAGAAUUGGCCGAUUUCAGACGCCCUGUGGAGCCUGUUGCUUUCAUACCUGAUAGAUAUGACGAAGAAGAGCUCACGGUAGUUUAUACCAAGUCUUGGAAGUCUUCGUUAGGAUUUGACGGGACUAAACCUUCAGGUCCUCUGUUCAGGAUCAUUAGUGCUAGGAAUGCCUGUAACAAUAGCCACAGUUCGUAUAGUCACCACCAAAGCACUAUCAUUGGGAACAACGGGAUUGCUCCAAACUAUCAUUUCAACUACAAUUCAUUCGGAAAGAUUAAAAUGGGCGAAUCGAAGCCUUAA